CCACAUCUCCCCCCCUCCCAAAUAUUCCUCCUUCGAGACCCCAGAUUCGUAUUGUUGGGUCGCAGAUCAAGUUCCUGCUCGGCUGGGUUGCCGAUCUCUUCUUGAUGCUGUCAGGAACAGAAAUCUGAUGUCUUCGCUACUUCAUUCUCGCUCUGCGCUGCUAAGCCAACGGCCGCUUCUCGCCGCUUUCCGAGCUCCACCGUCUCAGUACCGCCCGGGCCAUGUCUCGGUAAACGUCAGCGGGAGAGCUCUAUAUACGACGAUACUGAAGCCCACCCCGUCCCAACUACUCCGAUUUGCCCUGACGGGUACGACGAAGUCUGCCAAUGACCACCAUCAUCCCUCCAGCACGGAGCUGGACCAGAAUCUAUCGGAGGUUUUGCUCGGCGAUUGGCCUCGAAACUCUCCGCGCCCGCCAUUGAUGCGGAUUUCCCAACCACAGACAGAACGUCGCGGCCCGUAUGUCGGCAUUUACGUCGCUAUGACUGAGAGGAGAUACCUUGGUGAUCUACAGGUGGUCAUCGAGAAGUAUGUCAAUAAUGAAAAAGAUAGUUUGCUGUUUCAAACUGAAGAAGGUCUUACGUUCUUAGAGCGUAGCCUACGGCAUAUUCGACGCCGGACCUCUUACGGCGAAGUCGUCUCAGCCCUGAAUGCUAUUAUUACAAGGUUAGAGGGGCUGAGCGGACUGUGCUCCGAAAGGUUCUACGUCUUGGGUAUGUACUAUGCAGCUCUCGCAUUGUCAGCGCCCGCUCUGGAAAGAUUCAUGAAAGGGUAUCUUGUCGUUCGCUCGGAGCCUGCAUAUCUGAGUAUGCGUGACAGUAUCCUUUUGGUCAAUGCUCUUCUCGACUCUCUUCAUUCUUUGAAGUUUCGUGAACCGACGCCCGAUACGAGUGCAAUCCUCAACUUGGUCACUGGGACAAAUAAAAGCACGGACCGCAAUCUUCAAAACAUCCUGUUCCGGACUGCUCAACAUCCAACGCUCUUCACUGCAAAAUAUAUCUGUUUGCUUGUCAGGUUGCAAGGUGGAACGAUAGCGGAUAAAAUAUGGCACUGUUCAAUACGAAGGUUGAAGCCUAACUCGCCUGAUAGUUGGUUUCAGCAUGCAUAUGUCUGUGUGGCCGCUUUGGUUGAUACAGGUGAUGUCCCCAGAGCCAUACGUUAUCUGAAGCAAGUGUCAAGGCGCGCCAAUGGCAGGCUACCGGGAAUCUCCGAGUUUGGUGACUUAAGCUGUCUGCUUACGUCUGACGCCAUUAGUGCGAGACUGCGGCAGCUCGCUGGCGAAGAGGAAUACCCGAAGGUCUUAGAAGUUCAAAUGUCACAAAUGGAAGAUCGGCUAGGCAUCCGCUGGCACCCUGAGAAAUCACGUCAUAUGAGUGCCUCUGGUCCACCUUUGGUUGCCUCUGGGAAGCCCCUCCUUACAAUAGAUGAUGACCCCACAGGCUAUGGUAAUGUCCGGUGCUUGCUGGCAGAGCUUAAAGCUCUUCGGUGCUCGAGGUCAAUGGCAGAUCUCGGUCGUGUUGCCACAUUGCUUGACGAACAUGAAGGGAAAAUAUUUCCCGUCAUGGUCCCCAAGCAAAGGUCAAAUAUGAAAUUUGCUUUGUCAUAUCGGCGCUGCCCGGUUCAGUUCACGAACGUCGAUUUACCUGUCACGACCGACGCAAGCAAACCUUGGACGCCAUCAAAUCUAGGUCUUUUGAGGAUUGCUUUUGACAAUACUAAAGCCCCUCUUCCCGGUGAGCGCUCCAUGCAUGUGAUGCCGCUUGGUGUUUUGUCAUGGAGACCAGCUUCCAACGAGAGUCGUUGGAAGGAAACUGGGCACAUCGUUGCCUGGGAUCGGGUUUAUGACCUACUAGUUGCCAUUUUCGUUGGAAAUAUCUACAAAAGUCAUAAUACCAAUGAGCAGACCAUCAAUCCACCAUCGCAGGAACGGAAUUACGGCCUCGAAGCAUUGGCUACCGUGUCUUUACCAAGUGAUGGAGAUCGCAAGUUGCCCUCCUACUCUAAGCCAAGGCUUGCCACCAGGUAUCACCUUGAGGUGGACCCGAGCCCAGAUCUAAUACCUUGACGACUGGCAGCGGAGGGUUCUUGAUUAAUAUGAUUAACCAAUGGCUUGACCUGGCACCUGGUUCAAUGAUUCUCCGGCAAUCUCCAGACGCCGGAUCUACAAACACGAUAUCAAUGCCUUGAGCCUAGCGCUUGAUUUUCUUAUACCCAUAUAUGUGUGCGUCUUUGAGUCUGUUUAUUGAUUAAACGAGUCCUAGGGACUCUGCUCACCUGCUACAAAUAAAAUUGCAUAGUAUGCUCUUAUU